AUGUCAACAAGUCUGAAAAUUCAAGAUGAUUCAUCAGAAAGCUUGAUUUCAUGCUUCUUUGUAAGUAAUGAAUGGAAGGAGAAGGAAAUCAUUGAGGAUGACGAAGAGAGUGAUACUGUGACAUUUGACAUGAAGAAUACAUUUGUUUAUCGUCCGGAUUUGACAAAGACCACCAGUGGUCUUACUGGUGAUGAGAUUGUGACCAUUCCGCAUUUACUCAUAAUGGGAGGAUUAAUUGCAAUUCAACGAGACAUGAAACCCCUUCUCGGUAUUGCAAUAAAGGCAAUGACACAAAUAUUCGAUCCGACAACGCCAUUCCUAACAGCAAGAGUAAUGGACAUUUUAUUUGAUGGCGUUCCUAUUGAUUGUAAUCAUGAUGAGUUUGAGGCAACAACGUUCUGCUCAAAAUUGGAGAGUGAAAAAGGCUUUAAAAUUAUUAAUGAGACUCACUUAGCAUUCUCCAUACUUGGUGGUGCAAACGCAACUAGUAUGGGAAGAUUUAAAGUGUAUCGUGGCGUGAAGGAUAUUUCAAAGCUGGGCGAAGUUGUAUCUGUGAAUGACGAGGAGGAAAUGGAUGUGUGGGAUGGUGACUGUAAUAAAAUUCUAGGCACUGAUUCAACAAUAUUUGCGCCUUUCCAUCACAAAAGUGACAUUUUGUAUGCAUAUGCACCGGACCUUUGUCGUUCUCUAGGAGCAUCAUAUCUACGGCCAUCGAGUUAUAAUGGAGUUCCGACUGGAUUUUAUUCCAUAGAUUUUGGUGACAUGCAAAGUGAUCCAAGCCUGCAUUGUUUUUGCCGGGAUCAGGAUGUCGAGAAAUGUCCACCAAGAGGAACUAUAGACUUAUAUCCAUGCAACGGAGCACCAUUACUGGCAUCAAAACCACAGUUUUUAGAUGCUGACGAUAACCUCGUGAGGAAUGUUGAUGGAUUAAAUCCAAAUCGGGAUGAACAUGAUAUCUUUUUACAUUUGGAGAUGUUAUCGAGUUCACCAUUGUCAGCUGCAAAGCGGUUACAAUUUGCAAUUGAAAUUGAACCUGUCCAGGAAAUGACAAUAAUGUCAAAAUUGCGUACUGUCGCCAUACCACUUAUUUGGGUUGAAGAGUCGGUACAUUUAAAUUCAACAUACACAAAAAUAUUCCGCGGACUUUAUUUGUUUUUCAACGUCAAUUCAAUUAUUAAGUUCAGCCUGUGUGUAUUUGGAUGUAUUGGAUUAAUCAUAACUGUGUACGGAAUGUUUAGUGAAAAACUUCUGAAUAAAGUGAAUAAUCUAUCAACGCAACCUAUACCGCCACUACAGCCGUCAUCUACUAAAGUGGCUGUGGCAACAACAGAUGCAUUGCCAUCGGUUGAAACGGCUUCGGAGCUAGACGGAAAGGAGAGAUAUUAA